GCUCCGCGCAGGCGCCGGGCGGGGCCGGCGGCGGGCGGGGCGGGAGGCAAGGCCCGGUCACGGCGGGUGCGGUUCGGCAGCGGCGGGGCCCCGCGGGGCGGGCGCUGCGUGGGGCUGAGCCCGUGCCCGGCGCGGCUCUCGGGGCGCGGGGCGGAUGCGUUCUGUGCCGGCAGCUGCCGUGGCACCGAGCCUGGCCUAGGUGUGCUUUCCCUGCUCGGUACGGGGGGGAUCUGCUCGGUACGGGGGGGAUGCACGUGGCUCAAGUGCCGUAAUAAGAGUGUAGCUUUGGCAGUAGGCAACAUAAAACCCAAAGGAUUUGUCGAGACUUUAUGAAAUAAUUCCCAAUUUGAGCUGAAAAAAUAACCACUGUAUAUUUAUGUUAAAUGUAUCAGAAGAUUGUGUUUGGAAACAAGAAAAUUAAGAGAACUGUGUAACAGCAUCACUAUUACAGACACCUCUUGUAUUUGUUUGAACCUAGCAGUCAGCUACUGCUUAAUGCCUCCAUUUCCUGAUGCUGAAGGUCUGAUGUUAUCUUCCAAAUGACUUAAGCAAUCAGCAGUGCAAAUACGUGAGGAGAGCAGAAAAGAUUAGCAAGUUUUGCAGUCUCUGCCAAGUUCCAUAGCUUCAGUGCUACUCUGCAUGCAGGCUACCUGUCAACAUCCAGCCAAGAAACUCAAGGCUCUUUACAAGUAUUCCUGAAUUAAGCUGAUGAGGUGCCGACCUCUGGUUGGUGUUUCAGAGACUAUUAACAAUAGCUACCUUCCUCGGACUCUCCAGCAAUGGUUCAUAAACUUCCUGGGAUCUGUAACCCUCUUGUUGAAAAUUACUGGUUUGCAUAAAGAGGCAGAGCUGGUUGCUGCUUCAUUGCUUUUCCUGCCACUAGUGGAUGAUUCUGCUGUUCCUGUGUUUAAGAAAGACCUCUCCCUUAAGUGAGACCAUGAGCAAUGACCACACUUCAGAAAAGCAGGCAUUGUUUUCACUCAAGUUGAUUUUGUUGAACCAAUAUUCAAUUCAACAUGGAGAGAGUUUGAUCAACACACUUGACGAACAGGCAAACAGCCUGGAGGCACAGGAACUUCCUGAGUUGGCCUCACUGUUGGAUCUGAGGAGAUCCUCACGUACUGUGGAAAAAUACAAGAGUGUCAGUAAUGGAUUUGAACAUGAGCUGCCAGCAAGCUGGAUGAAUUGUGUGAUUGUCACAUCCACUGAAUGUUCUGGAGCAUCCCUGACAAGGUCCCAUCCCAAGACUCAGGGGGACCAUGGAUUUGUUGUAGAUGUAUUUCACUGCCCUCUUAUGGACGGACUCAGUGGUAAUCAGGAAAAUACUCCUGAGUCCCCCAGCAAGGCUUCCUUAUGCCAUGGUCAUGAAGUAGUGAUAUUCUGCUCUUGCAUUUCACAGGAGAAGGCACAGAGACAAUCAGUAGGUCUCCCGACAUGGCGAGAAAUUGGAGUCAAGUGUCCCAAACUAGAGGGCACAAAGUGUGAACAUGAAGAAGAGUGAAGGAGGAAAAGAUGGCAGUUUAUGACAACAGCCUCUGGACCGCAUCCUACCCUUACUAAUGGAAGAGACACCAUCUGAGCCAGCAGUUCCAUAAAGCAUGCUUCCUCCCCAGUGCCCACUAUCCCAAAUGGUUUUCUCUCCUUUCUGUCCCAGCACUGUGGUUUCUGGCAUCGUUCUGGUAAGAAAAACAACCUGUAUUAAGAACAACUCUGUAAGUAAAAAAGGCUGUUUGUAAUUUGGAUCAGCUCAGUGACCUGAUUUACAGCACAAACCCAACAACAGUUGCAGAGCAGCAUGAGUGUGAAGAAGCAGCCGGAGGCAAGGCAGGGAUGGGAGACAGACAUUCCCAAGCUGUCCUUGCAGCUGAAGUUCCCCUUUGUGAAACUGCAGCUGCCAGUGUACCUUUGCUCUGGCACAGAUAUCAAAGGGAAUUCCCCUGCAGUGCCUGAAAGUAACACUUUAGGGAAGAACUGACACAUUGGUGAGUUAUAUAUUAACCAUUGUAGAGAGUGGCAGAGUAACAAGGGCAGUGAAUUACUGAUAAAGAAAAAUAGCCACAUUUCCAUUAUGCAAGGCAUGGGUAAUAGCUCCUAGGAAAAGACUGCCCAGCUUUUUCCACUAAAUUAUGCUGUUUUCAAUUCUUCCAUACUUUCUUAAAUGUGAAUACAUUGUUCAAAUGUUUUCAAUGCUAAAUAAAUGCCUUUGGCUGUUUCUUGUGGGGACCCAAGGGGAGAAGGUAGGAAAUGUUUUAGCUAAAAUGAUGCAGCUAUUUCCAAGUAAGUGUUAGAAGAGUAGCAUACAAGUUUUCAAGAGUUACAGAAAAUAGUAAUCAUUGCAAUCAUUCAGCACUGUGCUCACUUUUCCUUCCCAAGGUCUGACCUUGCUCUGUGUUCAGCAUUAUCAGAGGUCUGCUGCAGUGAAAUUUAUGUACUUAUGUCUCUUAGGACACAAAUUAAUUGCUUUAACUUAAGUUUAAAAGCAGAACCUUGCCAGAGAUGACAAAUAUGAGUAUUAUAUAUCACCAGUUAAAUGACUAAUGUUUUAUUUGUCUUUGAAGUCUUUGGUGGAAGCUGAAGCAUAAUGGUGAAAGAAAAAAUAAUGUAAGUUACAUAACACCUCACAUAUGGAAUUCAUAAUGCUCUGUUUUUAUAUGGAAUAAAUUGCUCUUCAGGGGUCAUAUACAUAUAUAUAAUGAGGAUGAUUUCAUUUGGUGUCCAAUAUGUGCUGGACGUGUAUUCAGGAGAUUCAGGAGAUUUAAACUUUUUGACUGAAUAUGAGAUUUUUUACAGAAGAUCCUUCUUUUAGUCAGUAUAUUCCACUAUUUAACAAAAAGAAACCCUGGCAACAUUUCAAUUCAAUUGUUUAGUUUUUAGGAGAAAUUUUUUGACUUUCAAACCCACAAAAUUUAUCCUUGUUUUAGCUCAAAAUACCAUGUUUUUGAAUUGAAAAAAAAAAACCCUUUUUCUUUUUUUUUUCCAAGUACUUCUUACUUCAGUAGUGAUAUAUUUCCUUCAAAUUGUAUGUUUGGAAUUUUAUUGCAUGGAAUUUUUGUAGCCAAGGCUUUAAGCACUCUUACAUAAUGAAUAAUAUAAACCAAAAUCCAUGAGGUCUUUUUAUCAGGAACUCAGCUAGACAGGCACCUAAAGAAACUCUUUUUCCACUCCUUUAUUAUAGGAAGCAUACUCUGUGCUUGUCAAGGUGAAACAGAAGAGAUUCAGAUAAUACAUAUUAACCUGUACUGGAGAGUUGAGGGUAGGCCGUGUUCAGGGCAGGAUGCUGCUCAAAUGUGUUUGGGAAGGGAAGUACUCACAGGGGUUGCUUAGCCACCCCUUAGAGCUGCUAAACACUUCAUGUAGGUCAGGGUUGUCCUGGGAUGUGGAGGCUGCAUCAUCCCACCCUGACCUCUUCAAGAAAACAGAGGCACGAGUAAGAGAGAAGAAAAUGAAUGAUUUUGCUUAAAUAUCUGGUGCUGUAGCAGCCAAGGAGGCAACCUGGGCCAGCGGAGAAGAGCACUGAAAGGCAAAAAUGGGUAGCCAGGAUUAGGUCAAAAGAAAAACUAAGCAAAAACAGAGAGAGAAACACUUAGACAAAGGCUUAGCCCAGGGAUAAGUGAUGCAUAAUUUCUAUGAAAUUAGUAGAAUCCAGGAUACAAGUGUACUUAGGAAUAGUGUGGUGGUUGUUCGGAUGCAAGGGCAUUGCAUGUAUACUAGCAUUGCAGAUACUGAACGUCAUUAAAUUGGUGCCAGAGGUUUGUCACAUGCAUCAAUUUGGAAUUGCUACCACUUUUCUGAGUACAGUGUGUCCAGAUGAUUAUUACAUGAGUCCGCAGUAAGAAGCAUGGAAAAUGAGUUGCAUGUAAGUUAUACUUGUAUCUGAUAUUUAGACUCUAAGAAAAGGGGAAAGAAAUGUAGGUCUUUUAUGUGACAAUUUUGAUUAGUCUCUUCAGAAAAAAAAUUGCUUUGUACGUGGUCAUAAAUUAAACACCUGUUGUGAUGAAAACACAGCACCAUCAAUUUCCGCUUGUUGGAAAUGUUUUGCAUAUAAGCUUUGGCAACAUCGUUUCUCUUUACAGGAAGGAGACUGCAAGACAAUCCAGCAUUACCUUUCGGAUGGUUAUACCAUCCCACUACUGUAUUGCAAUACCAGGGUGUUGCAAAGAAUGCCUUAAAAUGUGGGGCUACCCAAACCUAAAAAGGCUUGGGAGUGGCAUAUUUGUUACUGUACACAUGGCCUCAUCUUAAAAGAAGAUUAACAUUAACAAACUUAAGAUAGUGGAAAGUUGGGAGGAGUUGGUAUAAAUUUCAUUUCAGCAACACUAUGGUUCAAAUGAAAAAAACCCAUUAUUGUCAUCAUCCUCUUUGUCAGUUCUACCUGUAACUGUUCCUUUUUAUUUCAGCAGAGGCAAUCACCACAAAAAUCUGGAUGAACAAACUUCUCAUGUAUAUGGCAGGGCAACCUCAGAAAGUGGUGUGCACAGCAGCUGGUAUUGCUGUCUUGGCUGCUGGUCAGGGCCAUGAAGAUCAUGCUCCAGCCUGGCUGCAGGUACCUGUGACUGCAGGGCAGAAGAGGGAGCUGCCAGUAGCUGCCAGUGCCCAGCUCAGGUGUCAGACUUAUGCAAAGUCUAAACUAUGCCACUAAACAAUGCCACUUAUGAAUACAAAAUUCCCCUGUUUCUUUUUUGCUUUAAUGAGAAGAGCUUUGCAGAUGUGGGGUCAGGAACAAAAGUAGCCAGUAUUUCCUCUCUUUCUACAUGCUAAUCAGCCCUGUUCAUGGGGCACUGGCUAAUCCCUUUGGCUUCUGAACUGAGGAAAGAAGAUGCUCCUCUUCCAAGAAAUUAAUGAAUCACCCCUUUUAGUACAUGCAUGACUACAUUGUUAAAAGCAGUCUUAAUCACUCACUGAGAAAAACGUUAUGAUCAUUUCUCUCUUUUAGUUGUUAACUGGAAGCCUUGGGAAUUGUGACUCACAGCCUGUGUGCUGUGGCAAGCCCAGAAAGACUUCAAUAGAUUUUUAGCUAGUUAUAGGAGCCCCCUGCAUCUUAUUCCUCACAUCUUCCUUGUAUAGGUAUAACUUGGAAAAAUGGUAAAUUUCUUGGUUUUGUACUAUUCUAAAAAUCACUGCUUUGCACAUGCAUUUGACCUGAACUUUACACCAAAGUUCAAAGAAGAGAAGCAUUUUUGGUAGGCAGUCGACUUCUAGCAGGGAAUAGGGCAAAACAGCUCCUGGGCUGGAGGAAACCCACCCUCCAUUUUUCCUUUACUCUGUAGUGGCGUUGGACAUACCACGCAUACAGUGGUUUGCCUGGUUUGUGAGCAUAGGACUGUGUGUCAAGAGGGCAAUGAAAUAAGAAAAAAGGAGUGGUAAGAGUAAAUUAGAAGGUUCUUGACAGCUUCCUGGAAAGAGGAUGAAUGGGUCUGAGGUUCAGUGUAGGAAGAGGAUCCCCUUGAAGGCUCUCCAGACACAGUUAAGCAUUUUUUUUUUCCUACUGUGAAGCAUCAGCCUCAAAAAUACAUCUAGUCUACUCAUUAAAUGUAAAUUGCUAAGGAUGACAGGGAUAAGUAACAACAAAAUCUCCAGGUAAGUGGUAUACUUAGAGAUGCUUCAAAAAGGUACUUGGAAUCAUUGUAUGAUCUUGCCCUUUGGGCUGUGCUGGUAGAGGUAGAAGGGUAGAAUGGCUCAGAGAUCCUCUGCUUUAGCAGAGACUGCUGUGACACAUUAUCUCCAUCAGAUGACAAUAGUUUUCUUUCAGCAUCUUUGCCUAGGACUGGAUAGCUAGCUUUUUGUUUCUCGGGCUGCAAUUGCUGGGAAAAGUAUUGCCAUCAGCUGUAGGUCUUAGAAAUAUCCUUUCAUAUAUGUAAAGGAAGUGGGGUUUAUUUUGAGACAGUCUCACUCCCCUGGCGUGUUGCUUGAUGAAUGUAGUCUCUUGAUGGAGGCAUGCUGCCAUGGAGGCACAGCCUGUGUCAGCUCAACUUUCAAAGAAUGACACAAACCACUGUGGAGGAAGCAGAUGUUCCCAGUGGUAUCACAAAUAAAGAACUGACAAGGACACAUUUGGGAAGAAGGGCAUGCUAAAGCCCCAGCAAAACUGCAUUUGGUGGGUUCAAGGGAGGAUUCAGUGAGACCAGAGGUGAAGAGAGAGCCUUGCUGGGAGAUAGCUCUGGAGAAGAACAGAGAAGCUCCAGAGGCCUCCCUACCCAUCACAGGCUGUUGGGUGGUUCAGGUUUUGUGUGAUGACCAUACAGAUGCAAAGGAGUGUAACUUGUAGAGCUAAAAUCCCAGCCAUCCUCUGGAUGGGUACUAAAUGGUCCUAAAAGGUCAGUGUGAAAGACCAAAUAGUAACUGUACAAAAUUCUAGCCUUUACAUAGUUUUGUCUUGGUAGGAAAUAGCCAGGACCUUGACAGUUGUAAGUGAACAGACCUAUUAAAAUCAUGUAACUGUUUUCAUGAUGCAGAUUGCUAUAGUAGCCAGCACUUUUUCUUUGUGCAUGGCAGACAUCAGGAAACCAACAUCUUUAAUGGCAAACAACAAUUAAUUUCUGACUGCAACAUCUGUUUAAAGUAUCUUUGAUACUCUUAAAAUAUUUCAGUUUAGUAACCUCAUUCAGCAUCAAUUUCUGCUCAGAUCUCAGAGCACCUUUUAAUAUCUGCUGUUUCUUACAUUCAUAAAAAUAGUACUUAAACAUCAAAUGAUCCUUUAUAAAUGUAAGACUCAUGGGCCACUUCAGUAAAUUGCUUAUUGCAACUAAUUGCCCACCACUUCACAAAACUCCUUUCUGUUUUUGGGCCCUUCCUUGCAAAGCCCCCAUGAGACUGAGAUAGACUCCAUAUCUAAUACUUCAAUAUUUAGAGUACAAGAUUGUGACACUCAAUGUAUUUUUUUUCCUUCUAGAUCCCAUAUAUUUAUAAGGCACAGGCCUCCUUUUUAGACCUCAGAGCAAGGCCCUUGCACUGUGCAACUGGAGGAUUCCCUCUGGUUCCCACACUCAGCCAGGUUGAGUGGUUGGCUAUGGUCUCAUACACCUCUCUGACAGAUACAUGCACACACUAUCUGCCUUUCCCUGUCAACAGAGCCCCAGGCUGUGUUUCUACCUAACAGGAACCUCAGUCCUUAAUGGAAAUCAAGUCAGGAUGAUCACAAAAGCCUUGCCCAGUCAUGAAUCCUGUGUGAUGAUUCUUAUCUUUCCUUACUGUAGCCUGGAAUAUUGAUUUCAACACCUCACUGUGGUCAGGUCCCACUGUGUGCAAGGGAGCCAAGGGUCCAGCCUUCAAUAUUUGACACCUAUUGGGAGAUUUCUUUGAAUGUCUUGAACCACUGAAUUCCUGCUCAUUUCUUUUUCAGCCUCGGGCCAGGCAAUAAAAUGGAUUUCCUGUACAAAUUGGCUGUGGACAUCAUAUUGCUGGGCAGCUGAGAAAUGCUGUAGCAGUAGAUGACCCUUGCCUCCUUCCUAAAGACAAAUGACAUUUUUACUCUUACAUUUUUGCAGCUAUACUGCCGGGGUCAGUAAAUACAGUAUACAGGCUUAAAAACUAAGGAUUUUUAUGCAAAUGGGUAUUGUCCAGUUGCCUGCCAAAAAAAAGGGAUUUAUUAUUCACUAUGGGAAAUCUCUAUAUCUGAUCAGAAAUGUGAAUAAAAUACCCUACCUUCAAAGUCUACACUGAAUAAUACACAUUUCCAUUUCUUGCUCAUCCAAAUCACCUGGCAAACUUAUUCAGAGAUUUUGGUGCACUAAACACGUAUUCUAGCCAAGUACUUUAUUCACCACUGAGAACUUUUUCAGAUUGGAUGAUUUUAAUUGGUUUUGUAAUCUUAAAUCUUAAAAAAAUCUUUAUAUGACUCUUCUCUUGGGUAUUUGGUUUUAAAACUUUUGAGGCAGAGAUGACCUAUGCUAUAGCCUUCUACAAUAUGUAAUAUCCCAUUUUGGAGGAGCCAUUUCAGUAUCAUUAUAAUGCCAGACUGGAAGUAAGGAGUGAAUACUUAUUUCUUUGGAGUAAAUGCAUCAUUGGCAUUGCUCUUACCAUUACAGCUAACAAUCAACUAAGAAAAGAGAGGUAUAGAGACCAGGCUGUGGUUACAUGGCUUGGUAAAUCUGGCUUCAGGGUACUUAACAGUAGAUCAGAAAAGUUACUAGCUCAAAAUAGCAAAAUUCCAGGUUUUGUGCAAACUUAUUCUACCUAACAAAAUGUGUUAAUAUUGUUUUAAAGCAAUAACUUUCUUCUGGCCAGCUUUAAAUGGAUUUGAUGGGGGAGAUUUUUGCCUGCAAUCAGCUUAUAGCCAACAGAAAGUAUAAAGCUGCUUUAACACGGUAACUCACACUCUUUUUAGCUCAGAAGAUACAGAAAUUCAGUGGUGCAUGUGUGUUUGUUCCAGAUUAAAUUUAUAUUGUUAGUUGACCCAGUAAUGCAUGUAGCUGGCAUUAAUGACAGGGAAGCCUCAGUUGUUGAAGGGUUGAUUCUUGAUAACUAUAUAAAUGUAGCAUUUCAUCAUCCCACAGGAAAUGCAUUUGUUAUUUUCUUUCAUUGAUUCCCAGUGCUUCUUUGCCUUAGGCUUUAGUAUAUACAUUUUAUUUUCCAUUAAAAAAGUAGGUGGGUGUUUUUUGUGGGUUAUUUUUGUGGGGGCUUUUUUGUUUGGUUUUUUUCUUUUUUUUGGUUGGUUUGGAUUUUUUUUGUUUAGUUGGUUAGUUUUUUGAUUUGUUUGUUUGUUUGUGGUUUUGUUUUAUUUUUUUUUUACUUCAGUAUUUUAUGAAAUUACAAAUCUUACCUGUUCUAUGCCAGGAGAAGAAGAUGAUGAAUGAAAAGUCCUGCUCGUUACGCUUUUAGUGUGAACAUUGUAGCUCAAAAAACCACAAAACCUUAACCUCUUAGCAAGAGAGAUUUUUAAUCCUCCUUUACUUACACCCAAGAUUCUUCCUCAUGUCUAAAUCAUUACUACAAUUGCUACAUAGACAGGUUUGGCUAGUCCUGCAAGAAAAUCAAGGGCUGGCCAGCCAGCAUUUAGCAGUGUAAUGCUGUACAGCAUAAAAAUAGCAUUUUGGUUUCUAGAUGCAGUAGACUUCUAACAUUAAAAUACAAAUCUAGAAGACUUUGAGAGGUUAACUUUAUAAUAGAUGCUGUUAAGCAUUAGGUGAUUAGUGUAAUGCUAUGGGAGUAUUUGUUUACUGUUUUAAGAAAGCCUGUCAAACUCCUUUUAUAGUUAAAAUUUGCCCUCUUUAUUUAGCAGCCUCUAUUCUGGCCAUUUAAAAAUAUUUAACUGAAUUGCUGAUGCAAUGCAUGUACACAGUGACUCUCAACAAAGCCAGCAUUUAUUGCAUCUGUUUAUGUACAAAGCCAUGAACAAAUAGAGCAUUAAUGUUCAGAGUGUUGGAAUCAAUGCUGUAUGGACUUUCCUAUAUUAAACCCCCUCCCUCCCUCCCCCCCAAAAAACCCAAACCAAACCAAAACCAAAACUACCAAGCAAAAGCUUGUUAAUGCAUUUAGUUUGAUUUUUGUUUGAAAAAAAACAACCCAAGUCAGACCUUCAGCAUUUUUUGUAGAUAUGCAAAAGGGUAACCAAAAUGAUGCCCAUAACUACUAUCAUUAAAUCUUUAUACGUGACAUUGAAAAUUCAUUUUAUGUUUCUGCUGUAACUACGAAAGUCCUACUAAGGUUAAUUUUAGUAAUCAGUAAUACUGACAUCCCCUACAACCUGCAUAACUAUUUCCCCUACUUAUUUCAUUUGGCAUUUCAAACAUUUUGCUUCAAAAUUUUUGAAACAGUCUCCAACAUGCCUAGACUGAUGGAGAUGAGUAAAUUUGUGUUUAAGAGCAGGGAAAGAGAAAUUAUACAUGUAUAUUAGCAUAUGCCAAAGUGGGAAGAUAAGUAACCCCAAAAAAUCUGUUCUUUCAAAUAUUGUAAUUUUAGUUUGCAGUGGAAUUCCACAAACCUCUUUUCUUGUUCAUUUUCACCCAUCUUCUGUGCCAUUAACUGGAAAGUGCCUAGGAGACUUGCCAGCAAGUCCUGAUGUCUCUGGAGUAAUUGGAUCAGAAUGGCCAUGGUAUCACCACAGCUUUUUAUGGUGGAAUUUGGAACUGUUUGUUUUGUGGCAGGCUUUCAACUUUAUGUAGAAUAAUUUCUUAGCUGAGGCAUUUGGCAAAGGGUGCUCUGCAUGACUCAGCAGCAGACCUUCUCAUCUCAGAUUUGGUUAUAUUAAUAUCAGGUCUAUUUUUUCCAUGAACUCAUACAUAUUUAUGACUUACAUUCUCUUGCAUGCUGCUGGGCUUUCUCUAGUUCCAGUGCCUGUCUCUCCAGCUACUCCACCAAAGCUACAUGGCAUAGACUACACAGGGAUUCAGUCUUGAGGUGAAUAGAAAAAAAAAUCAGUGACUGGAGCAAUUUUUUUGUUUUUAAUAGAGAUAAUUCUUUCUGUCCUUAAUUGGAGUUUCCUGGGUAGAGCUGUGCAAAUUUUACAGCAUUCAAGUUCUGUAACACUAGAAUGAAGUCAUGACUUUGAGAUCUUGGAUUUGGUAUUAAUGUUAGCCAUUUAGCCCUUAUUAGUACACAUUCUUGUUACUCAUGCAACUAAUUGCACUGACUUGAAAGAGGCUUUCUGUAGCACAGGAGCUGGCCCCCAGUCAUCAUCACAGAGUCAGCCUGGUUCUAAAGCAGCUGAGCAAACACACUCACUCUAACACUUGCAGGGUGAAGUACUUAUGCUCUGGCCAACCUCUGCAGUACCAGGAAUGAAGAAUUGAAGAGAUGUUAUUUUUCUGAGAAGGGAGAUGGGAAGGGAGAGUGAGAAGGGAAUGGGUCAGGAACCAUUUGUGACUAGUUCAAGCAUAGACUAAAACCACCCUUUGGUUUUCGCCUAGCUCCUAAGGGAAGCAGAGGUGACCUCUUGUGACUUUCAGUGUCCUUUCCUUCUGCUCCCCGCUCCAUACCUUUCGAACCCAUAUGGCAGUUUACAUCUGAAUUGAAACAAGCAUAGAUAACUCAAAGACAUUUACAUUUCUUGGGGUUCUGACAAAAUUAAUGACUGGGUAGAGGUGAAAGAUCCAUGUUUAUGCUACUGGAAAGAUCAGCAAGUCAAGCUCCUGUGCAACUCUGAACUGACCACAGCACAUCCUGUAUCCUGUGUGGUGGGGACCCUGAGUGGCCUCGGAGAGACAGAAGAUGAAGUUUCUGUAAAGGUGAAGCUGUGAGAUAUGUUCUUCAUGGGACAGUAGACUUCAUGUCUUUCACUGCUCAUAAAUCAUUUGGUUACCAUCACCUAACUGAUUGCCAAUAAAUUUGUUAAUUUAUUAAA